UAUUAGUCCGCCUGAUGCAAUUGAUAAUUCCACCACAUUCAAUACUCCAAACUACGAACCGCCACCACUCCUCCCAUAUCAACUAUUAUGGUACCUCGCCGAGCACCAUCUUUCCCAAGCAGCCUCAUUACCAAACUCUUCCUCUCUCACGGAUUUUCCAAAGUUAACGCCGCAACAUCAAAAACAUGUGCUUGCUGCUAUCAAGUGUCUGGAUGCGGUUCUUACGAAUAAUAAUAAUGGAAAUCAAUUUAUGCCUGCUGUCGAAUUGAAAACGAGAUUUCGAUUAAGCCAAAUUUUAUUUUGGUUUACGGAAAAUAUUGUCGAGGCUGAAAUGCAUUUACAAAAAGCUAUAUUGAUUGCCCAAAAGAUGGACAAUGUCAACGAGCUAAAAUUUCAGAUAUACAAUCUCCAGAGCAAAAUCUUUACAAGUACGAAUAACAUCAAAGCAGCCAAAAAUCUAUUAAAAAAGGGCACUGCAGAAGCAAUGGAAAAUAAUAUGCCAGAUUGGACAUACCAUUAUUUGAUACAGCGAGCGGAUCUUUGUCAAAAGGAUUCCGAUUUCAAUGGAUGUUUGUCAGUGUUGAAACAAGCAGAAUCGUUGGCAGAUCAGCGAGGAGAUAUUGAGAUGAAGGCAUGCCUAUUAAUCACAGUAGCACAAUAUGCAUUCACUAGCCAAAACUACACAAUAGCGCAACACACACUCGCCGAGCUAUCCACAAUAUAUUUCCCACCGCCGUCAAGCCAGCCUCCACAAACAUACCACAUUUUCCCUAUAACAAACAGACACCUACAUUUACACUAUUCACUGCUAUUCAUCGCCUACCAUAUGCAUACCGGGAAUAUGAAGUUUGCACUGGAGAAGUUGUCGGAGGUACAUCAACUUUUGGAUGAACGGCGUGAAGAGGAAAACUUAGACGAGUUGAAAGGGUACAUUACGGCAGAAAUCUACACGCUUACGUUCCUGAUAUCUGGCAUAUGUAAUCGUGGAGAUACCGCCAAUGUACGGGCUAGCAUUUUCCUCACGGAAGGAUUAAAGAUUGUUGAAA